AUGCCUGCUCCUACUACCACAGCGGUUCCUGCCCCGACCACCGCCUUCGCGGGCCCUUCCACCAUGGCUCCCCUCAACGCCGACCUGCUCCAGGUCACGCUCAACGAGUCGGCGGCUGCGCCCGACUUUGACAACCUCGUCUUCGGCCAGAAGUUUUCGCCGCACAUGCUCAUUGUCGACUGGAACAACAAGACCGGCUGGGGUGUGCCUCACAUCAAGCCGUACGGCCCGCUCUCGCUCUCGCCUGCCGCGCCCGCGCUCCACUACGCCAGCGGCCUCUUCGAGGGCAUGAAGGCCUACCGCUCCGCCGACGCUUCGGGCAAGAUCCGACUCUUCCGCGCCGACAAGAACAUGGAGCGCAUGAACCGAUCCGCUGCCCGUGCUGGCCUGCCCACCUUUGACGGCGACGAGUUCAUCAAGCUCAUUAAGGCGCUCGUCCGCCUCGAUCGCGACUAUGUGCCGCACGGCGAGGGCCAGACGCUCUACCUGCGCCCCACGCUCAUCGGCACGCCCGACACGCUCGGCAUGGGUGUCCCCACCGAGGCGCAGCUCUUCUGCAUCUGCAGCCCCGUAGGCAACUACUACUCGUCCGGCUCGGGCUCCAAGCCCGUCAGCCUGCUCGCGCGCACCGACGUGGUGCGUGCAUGGCCCGGCGGAACGGGCUGCUACAAGCUCGCCGCCAACUACGCCGGCGCCACGCAGCCCGCCAUGGAGGCGCUCAAGCACGGCUACCACCAGGUGCUCUGGCUCUUUGGUCCCGACAGGCAGCUCACCGAGGUGGGCGCCAUGAACCUCUUUGUCGUCUUCCGCGACCAGUCGGCCGACGGCGAGACCACCAACUACGAGAUCGCCACCGCCGCGCUCGAUGACGGCACCAUCCUGCCCGGUGUGACGCGCGACACGAUCCUCUCGCUCCUGCGCGCCUACCAGCAGGGCCAGGUCGCCAUCGACGGCCUCCCCAAGCCCGAGCGCAUCACCGUGGCCGAACGCAAGGUGACCAUGGACGAGAUCAUGGACAAGGCCGAAAAGAACCAGAUCGCAGAGGUGUUCGGAUCGGGCACCGCCGCUGUCGUUUGCAGCGUGGACAAGAUCGGCUACGAGGGCAUCGACAUUUCCAUCCCCAUCCAGGCCGACGGCAUGGGCGUCUUCAUGCGCACCAUGCUCCGCGAAGUCACCGGCCGCCAGUGGGGCGCCAUCGCCAGCCCCGAAUGGAGCACCGUCUGCUAA